AUGGCCGUCGACGCCGCCUUCAACCAGCGCAGGCGGCGCCGCAGGAGACGACGCCAGGACAAACCCGCCAUCUCUGCUCGCCUGCUCCCCGACGACCGCCUGAAGGGCGAGGUUGGCGUGCUCUCCGACGACCUCUUCCAUGACCUGUUUCCCAAAGCACCUCGCGCUUCCGCCGAGUCUCCCGCCGGCGACGCAAACCGCAUCUACCAUGUAGCCAUCACCCCAUGGGUGCCUAGCUCCGCCAGCUCGCCUUCGUCCUGCUCGUGGACCAUCCUACCAGUCCGCCCUCAAGACAAGUCCGACCAGGCCGCAUCACUGCCGCACUCUUCGCUCCAAUUCCCCGCCAAGUCGCUGUCUCUACAAUCCUUCGCCCACGCCCUGCACGCCGCCGCCCCGAACCGCCCGCCACGCCGCGAUUCCCCCGUGGAGAUUCGCAUUCUGGACGCGGUGCCGCUGGGCUUGGAAACUGUAUACGUCAGCAUCGAUGCCGAUGGGCUGCGGAAGCUGGAGGAGGUGAAGGCCAAGUUCGGCGGAGGCUUCGAUACCCAGGCCAAACAGCUGCGGUCCAACGGCGUGCAGACGAAGACGGACCCUGCCCAGCAGGAGCGUGCCUGGAGGGAGGCUGUGCGGAAAGCUCUCCAGGUGCCGAGCAUCGUCCACACGAAUGAUCGGCUGCCUCUCCCCAUCGAAAGCCACCCCAUCACCCACCAGCCUCCGCCGCCCGCCCGUGUCGUGUCCUGCGAGCCGGUUGCCCAAGGCCUGCUGUUGCCGAGCACGAGGAUCGUCGUUCUACAUUCACGCAGCUCCAAGGGGGCGAAGCGCGCUCGGGAUGCUGCACCUAGCCCACGCCGGGCUGGUGGUUUCACCGAGGACGAGGAUACGUCCAACGAGAUGUUUUACUCGGCCGCCGAGGACCGCACUUCGUCGGAUGCGCCGUCACCUCCGAGCGAGGAUGAGGCUUCAACCACUGACAACCUGGAGUCAGAGCUCUCGGGCUCCGAUGUGGGCGACCUUUCCGAUGACUCGGACGACAUGAUAUCCUUGAGCGCUCCAAUGCUGCCUCCGCAAUCUUCCGGUGUGUUGUCUGCAUGGACAUCGGCCACUCCACGCGCUGGCGGGUUCCAGACAACAGGCAUGAUGAGUCCUGGCGCAGGCUCAGUCUACUCCACCUUUACCUCCGCAACAGCACGCGGCGGUGCAAAGGGCAGACUCUUCAAAGCCGUGGGUCUUCUGGAGCAAAUACCGGACGAAAUGGUGCAUCCAAAGCCCGGCUCGGACGACGACGAAGAGGCACGCGUCUUCGUCGAUACCAAUACGUUGGUCAAAGUCGGAUGUUUCUCUGGUGACUGGGUGCGUAUCAACGCGUCCGAAGAGCCCCAGGGUCACGGUCUGGGCUCAUGGGGUCUGGCAAAUGCUUUCUCGGAAGAGGAAGAGGAUCAACCGGAUUACCGAACUGUCAAGAUUUUUGGUUUACCGGAGAAUAUGGUGAAGAAGACCGCCCGCUAUCCGGUCAUCCGAUCCUCCCAUCAGCGCAUGUCCAGCGUGGCCCUGCGGUCUACCAGCACCACCACAAGUUCUGCCUAUCUAUCUCCAGUAUUGUUGGCCAACCUUGGCAGCCCCUCUCACCUCCGCAUCUCAGCAUUGCAAUACCCCCCACCUCCUGGCAUUCCGAAAUCCACAGUCCAACGGCCAAAGGUCACUUCUUCCUCACUCCCUCCAUUUGCCAAAGAAGUCACUCUACUCAAGCUUUCCACGCCUCUCUCGACCGACCGAUUCUUGCAGCCGAGCCUGUUUGCAGGUCUGAAGGAUUAUUUUGAGCAGAAGCGUCGUAUAGUCAAGAGUGGCGACAUUGUUGGCAUCGCUGUAGACGAGGCCCUGGGAAGAGCUGUUUAUCAGGGUACCAGCCCUGAAGGAGACCCCGGGUCGGAGGAUCUGCUCUCAAGGCCAAAGGCAGACGGGUCUACUGACUCUGGCCCAGAUGCUGCCUCAAGUCUGAAGAGCGUGGCAUGGUUCAAAGUAGGCGCCGUCACUUCAUCUUUUUCAGCCGAAGCAAGGGAGGACGGCGAUCAAUCCGACGACAUCUGGGGAGGAACCGUGUCGGUCGAUGCAGCAAAUACUAAAAUGGUUCAAGCUGGCAGCGAACAGGGCAAGGUCCCUGCUAUCACCAACAGUUCCUGGCAAUAUUAUCUUGGGGCAAAGCGAGUUCCAGUCUCCCAGACCUCUCCCGGUGGAAAGCCCGUCGGGUUUGCGGAUUUACCUGGCUCUCAUACUUCUCCACUCAGACGUCGCUUAAGAGAAUUAAUCAUGGCCGCCACAAGCCCACGUGCUAUUCAUCUAGGACUGCCGCCUCUCGCCAUUCUAAUCACGUCCAACCAGCGCCAAAUUGGCAAGGCGAAAAUAGCAGAGAGUGCAUGUGCGGAUCUCGGUCUCCACUCCUUCUCGAUUGACUCCUUCGACAUCCUCACUGAGGGUGGCUCUGGUGGGGGCGAUGUCAAGACCGAAGCAUUCCUCAAGGCGCGUGCAGAUCGAGCGCUAACUUGCGGCUCGCAAUACACCGCCCUUCUCCUGAGACAUGUUGAAGCUUUGAACGCCGACCGGAUCGUUGUGGCUCUGAAGGAAGUCCUCGCCGAUUCAAGAGUGCUGAUUGCAACAACCACCGAAGUCGACAAAGUCCCUGAUGGCAUUCGGAGCCUUUUUACGCAUGAGCUCGAAAUGGCGGCUCCAGACGAGGCAGAAAGAGAAGGCAUCCUCCGGGGUAUCGUAGAAGACCGCGGAAUCCGGCUUUCAGCUGACGUUGAUCUCUCUAACAUUGCCGUGAAGACUGCUGCCCUGGUUGCUGGCGACCUGGUCGACGUGAUCGACCGCGCUCUUGUAGCCAAGAACAACCGUUUGGAGGCCAUCGUGGCCGCCGCGAACCAGGAUCUCCCUCAAGACGCGGCUUUGUUAACGAUCCAAGAUGUCCAACUGGCGGGUGGAUCCGCAACCGCCAGUCUCACAACGGCCGACCUCAGCGCCGCCGUCGACGCCGCGCGCAAGAACUUUGCCGACGCCAUCGGCGCGCCCAAGAUCCCCAACGUGCAAUGGUCCGACGUCGGCGGCCUGACCAACGUCAAGGAAGCCGUCACCGAAACGAUCCAGCUCCCGCUCCAGCGACCCGAACUGUUCGCCCGCGGCAUGAAGAAGCGCAGCGGCAUCCUCUUCUACGGGCCGCCCGGCACGGGCAAGACGCUGCUCGCCAAGGCCAUCGCGACGUCCUUCUCGCUCAACUUCUUCUCCGUCAAGGGACCCGAGCUGCUCAACAUGUACAUUGGCGAGUCGGAAGCCAACGUGCGGCGCGUCUUCCAGCGCGCGCGCGACGCGAGGCCGUGUGUUGUUUUCUUCGACGAGCUGGACAGCGUUGCGCCAAAGCGCGGCAACCAGGGCGACAGCGGCGGCGUCAUGGACCGCAUCGUCAGUCAGUUGCUGGCAGAGCUGGAUGGGAUGAGCGAUGGGGAUGGUGGGGGUGGGGGUGUUUUUGUGAUUGGUGCGACGAAUCGACCGGAUUUGCUCGACCAGGCGCUGCUGAGGCCGGGAAGGUUCGACAAGAUGCUGUACCUUGGCGUGAGCGAUACGCACGAGAAGCAACAGACGAUCUUGGAGGCGUUGACAAGGAAAUUUUCACUCCACCCCUCCCUCUCCCUCGCCCGCAUCGCCUCCCUCCUCCCCUUCACAUACACCGGCGCCGACCUGUACGCACUCUGCUCCGACGCCAUGCUCAAGGCCAUCACUCGCCAAGCCAACGCCGUGGACGCAAAGGUCAAGCAGAUCAAUGCCGAGCGUGCGUCAGCCCCUGCAGGUCUUCACCCGGAUUCGGUAUCGAAACAGCAACCCAUCACCACGGCCCACUUCUUCGACCACCUCGCGACCGACGAGGAUACCGCCGUCAUGGUCACGGAAGAGGAUUUUCUCGACGCCAAGAAGGAGCUCGUGCCGAGUGUGAGCGUGGAUGAGCUGAGCCAUUAUGAGCGUGUGAGGAAGACUUUCGAGGGGCAGGCGAAGGAAAAGGAGAAGGAGAGGGCCAUCACUGUUGGGGAUGCGGCAGCGGCGGCUGGGGUUAAUGGUGUUGAUGGUGGUGGAAGCGGGAAGAGUAAAGGCAAGGGUAAAGGGAAGGGGAAGGGCAAAGGGAAAGGGAAGGCGGGCGUUGGGAACGAUGAGGGUGACGGUGAAGACGAAGCGGCGGAUGGAAUCGGCAACGAGGAAGACGAUGGGGAGGAUGACGAGGAUGAAUACGUUAUCAGGACUGAUCAUUUGGUGUCGGCGGCGAACGGGUCGGCAGGGAAGGGGAAAGGGAAGGGAAAGGCAGCGGUUGCUGAGGAUGGCGAUGGUGGUGCCGCAGCAGCAGCAGCAGCAGCAGCUUUCGGAGAGGGCGCUGAGGGCGAUGAGGAUAUGUACCAGUGA